CGUCGCCGGGCCGGCCGGGGCGCAUCGCCAGCGCCGCCGCCGCCGCCAUGAGGACGCCCGGCGAGGUGCUGCGCGAGGGCGAGCUGGAGAAGCGCAGCGACAGCCUGUUCCAGCUGUGGAAGAAGAAGCGCGGCGUGCUCACCCCCGACCGCCUGCGCCUGUUCCCCGCCGGGCCGGGCGCGCGCGCCAAGGAGCUGCGCUUCCACUCCAUCCUCAAGGUGGACUGCGUGGAGCGCACCGGCAAGUACGUCUACUUCACCAUCGUCACCACCGACCGCAAGGAGAUCGACUUCCGCUGCGCGGGCGAGAGCUGCUGGAACGCGGCCAUCACGCUGGCGCUCAUCGACUUCCAGAACCGCCGCGCCCUGCAGGACUUCCGCAGCCGCCAGGAGCGCGCCGCGCCCGCCGCGCCCCCCGAGUCCCGGCCGGCCCGCGCGCCCUGAGCGCCGC